AUGAAUUGGUUGCAGACUUUAUAUGACAACAACAGUGAAUUAUUUAUUAACUUAAAUUAUUUUAUUCCAACCAAAUUCUUUGAAGAAUGUGAUAUCAACACACCAAAAUUCGAUAGCUGUCUUACAAAAAGUUUUAAUGAUUUGAGGCCGCUUUUUAAAACAGGUCUACCCAGUUUAGGGAUAGCGCCCUUCGACCCUCAUCGUAGUCCCUACAUAGAACAAAGGCGAGGAGGAAGUUUGCUAAAUUAUAAACUUGUCCUGACCAACGUCAGUGAGUACGGUUGGACACAAUCAGAAGUCACCAAGACCCGAUUAGAUAAGAAACGCAAUAGGAUAGUUUAUUCUCAGUAUUUUCCAGAAAAAUCAUUAGAUGGUAACUACGAAUUUAAUGGAAUUUUCUUAGGAAACAAUAUAAUCUCAAAGGGAGUAUGGAAUUUAACACUCUACGAUUAUAGCCAAACCACAACAGUUACUAGAGUAGGCAAAUCAGGAGGACGUCUUAAAGUUCGUGUUGAAAUUGAUCGAAUUGGAGACAUGCAAUUGCACAUAAGUAAUCUUCUCCAAGGAAAAAAAGUUUUAGAGGGAUUCCUAGAUUCUAUUAUAAAUUCAGCCUGGCAACCAGGAUUUGCUGUCAUCAAGCCUCUCAUCAACGACCUAGUCAGCACUGCUUUCACAGAUAUAUUUAAUGAUUCAUUUAGGCAUUUUCCUUUGGAAGAAGUUAUCAGAUAA